GCGGAGUGGGCAACAAGCCAGGACAGGGCAAUAGGGUGCGAUGUAGGGGCAAGAAAAAAAAAAAGGGGGUUCAGAGAAGGGUGGGGCAGCAAAACGGUACAAGAAAAUGAGGGCAAACCAGUGGGAAGUGGUAACGGGUUGAGGGGAAUCGUACACUCUAAUGUGUAGGCAAGGCAGAGUAGAAGAGGCAAACAGACGGUGAAGUGUCGUUGCAAAAUGGGGAGCAAGAGGACAUUUAGGUUUGGAAAACACAAGGGGUGAUUUGGCUGACAGGGCAAAGAGGGCGACGCAAGAGGGAAAGGCUAACAUGGGGCAAGGAAACAAGCAGAAGUGAGAAGACCAACGAGCAUUUUGGGAAGGGGUUAUAAGGGGCAAGAGAAGAGGGACAAUGAAGAGUUAGGGGUACAGAUGAAGAAGUUGGAUGUGGAAUAUGUGAGCAGAUGUUAAAGGAAUAAUAGAGUUUGGGGACUAGUACUAUUGGAAAAGGGGUAAUAAGGUGUAUGUAGGUUCAGAAAAUGAAUGGGCAACACACUCUGAAAAGCUGAGGUGACAGGGUUGGAGGCUGUAACUAAAGGUAUAAGUAGAGAAUUGCAAUACAGUCUAGAAAGAGAUGACUCAAUGUAAGAGGAUAUCAGAGAGACAAGAUGAAAUGGGGGUAAGUGGGUGACAAGUGAAGGAGAGUACAGUACAGGAGCAAGCAACAGUAGGCUUACAGUAGUUACAUUAGAUGGCAUGUGAGGGGUAGCACAAGGAAGGUGCAAGAAUGUAGAAGACGUGAAAGGUGAACGUUUAAAAUGGUAAAAAGUGUGCCAAGGGUAACCAAGCUGUGCCAGGGUGGGAAGAGGAAGGACUUGAGAUUGUAUAAAGUGUAGAUCAUUGUUCACAGGGGGGGUAUGUGGAGUAGGGUUAGUGAGUAAAUAAAGAGUGUAGAAACAGUUGCAAAAGUAGGAUGAGGGAGUUAGGGGAGGAUAAGGAAAGUGUGAAUGGGCAAGGUCCUUAGCUAAGGGUUGCCAGGGAAAGGGGAUGCUGAGUGUUCCAGCGAAUAAAUGAGAGGGAUAAUGAUGGCAGAUCAAUGAACAUGAAUGAUGCCAGGUGUUGAGAAUAGCUGAUUAUUUAAUAUACCAGGAGUCAGAGUUGUAAGUAGGAAAACUUGGUAGUAGAUAAUGAGAUAGGAGUUACUGCAGGAAGAAAACCAAAAUCAUUAUACUGGGAUAAAAUUCUUUGGAUCAAGUUGUUAACAGACAAAACAAAGUGAUUGAGUAUACUAAGUGACUGAACUUUCUUGGGAGAGUCUUAACAGAGGAUUCAACGUGGAGUUGUAUGAUUCAUUACUACCAGAGCACAGAGGAAAGUAACUGACCGAGUGUGAAGAUGUGCAAUUUCCAAACCCCAAAAUAGUCCGGCCUGUGUCCCAUCCUCUUCUGUAAAUCCUUUCACACACAGCCAAGUCUCUGGUAGUAAGUUCGUCCCUCAUCCCUUUUAGAAGGUGGAGGAGGCAGCGCGAGGAACCCCUCGCCCGCCUGUCCGCGCCAUGAAGCUGCAGGCGGUGAUGGAGACGCUCCAGCGACAGCAACGGGCGCGGUUGCAGCAGGAGCUAGAAGCGAGGCAACUCCAACAGGAUUCUUUGGGCAGGCGAACACCGCCAGGUGUAGGUUACCCUGGCAAUGGCUCUGAUGAGGCAGAACCAGAGACUCUAAAGAUACAACGUGCUCAGGCAGCUGCAUUGGCAGCUAUGAGGGCAGCAGCUGCAGGCCUUAGUCAGCAAGCCAGUCCAGUCGCUUCAGCAGAAGAGGAAGAAAGCAUGGUAUCAGAAAAUGAUGCAGAGCAAGAAAGGGAGGGUGAGCGGUACCAGGACAUGGGCUCAGAGGAGGAGGAUCUGAAAGGGAAAUGGGAUGAGGAUGAUUUUGAGGAAGAGGAUGAUUAUGAUGAUAUGGAGGAUGGGCUGGGUGCAGGUGAUCCUGGCAGGCCAGGCAAAGAUUCUGCACUACCCCCUAAACACCUUGCACAACAGGCCUUUGCUUCCCAGCGAAUGGCAGGGGGUGCUGAGCGCCCAGGGCUCCCUCAUUCAGCACAUCCUCAACUACAGGAUCAUGGAGACUGGACGUAUGAGGAGCAAUUCAAGCAGCUUUAUGAAUUGGAUGGUGAUCCAAAAAGGAAGGAAUUUCUAGAUGACCUGUUCAGUUUCAUGCAGAAGAGAGGAACACCUGUGAACAGGAUUCCUAUCAUGGCCAAGCAGGUCCUGGAUCUGUACAUGUUGUAUGUUCUUGUGACUGAGAAGGGAGGACUGGUGGAAGUAAUCAACAAGAAGCUGUGGAGAGAAAUCACCAAAGGACUGAACCUGCCAACCUCUAUCACCAGUGCGGCCUUCACCCUGCGUACACAAUAUAUGAAGUACUUGUACCCCUAUGAAUGUGAGAAAAAAAGCCUUAGUAAUCCCAACGAGUUGCAGGCUGCCAUCGACAGUAACCGUAGGGAGGGGCGCAGGCAGAGCUUUGGAGGCUCACUCUUCACUUAUUCUCCCAGUGGGGCACCGAAUUUGCUCUCUUCCCCAAAGAUUCAAGUGUCUGCCUUGGCCAUGGGUGCAACAGCAACAAAUGGAAAUCUCCUUAACUCUGUGCAGAAGAUAAAGAAGGAGGAAGACUCCCCCAUGCCUAUUGGAGUACCACCAAGGAUUCCCGUCUCCAUGGCAGGACAUUCAAUGGUUGCUGCUCAAGUGGCUGCUCAGGCAGCAGCACUAGAACAUCUCCGGGAGAAACUUGAGUCUGGUGAACCUCCAGAAAAAAAGAUGGCAAUGGGAAACGAGGAGCAGCAAAGGCUGAUGCAGCGAGCUCUACAGCACAACCUCUUAGCAAUGACUGCACAGCUCCCUAUGAACAUACGCAUCAACAGUCAAGCUGAUAGCAGACAGGACUCUGCAGUAAACCUUACGACCAACGGCACCAACAGUAUUAGCAUGUCAGUGGAGCUGAAUGGUAUCCUUUAUACAGGUGUACUCUUCGCUCAACCUCCUUCAUCUACCUCUGGGAUUAGUAAAGGGAGCUCCAGUCGCUCUUCUGGCAUUGGAGGAAUCAGUGGCACCAUGCAGCCUCCAUCCACCGUCCCAGCACCACCUGCUCCCGCUUCCAACAGCUCCUCCCCUUGACAGGGAGCUGCCAAAUCCCAACAUAGCUGACGCCAAAAAAAAAUUUUUGUUAUGGAAUUGUCAUUUUUCACUCAGGUCUACUACUCCUUGUCUAAGGGAGCUCCUGGAGCACAGCACAAGGGUCUGUGGAAGGGCAAGGCAGAGCCAGUAUGGGGUCUGAAAUCUCAAACCCUUCACCUCAAUGAAAAAAUCCAUAUACCUCACUUCUUGCACUGUAAAUAUAUAAAAAAAAUAUAUUUUGUGAUACCUCCAGAUACAAAAAGAAACACAGCCUUCUGCCCUCCACCCCUGACUGGGCUCCUGAAUACCCCACAUGCAAAAAUCUUUUUUUAUUAUUUUUGUCUGAUUUUUUUUUUUUUUUUUUUUUUUUUUUUAUCUUUUUAAGAACUACAAAAACAAUUGAAGAAAAUAUGGAACUUUCAAAGUCUUUUUUAAUGCCUUUUAUUUUAUUCUUAAGGAAGAUGGAGAAAAAAAAAAAGAUAUCAAACUUUAAAGAAAAAAUAUAUAUAUGUAUAGGAAUAUUGCCGUAAGCCCUGCGCUGGACUAUGGGGGCACAGAAUAUCAGGAGGAUGUAAUUUUGCCCUUAGUUGGCACAUGGGUCCAGAUAUGUUCCCUCCCCUUAUAAACUCUGGAAUGUAAUUGAGGGAGUAGGGGAUUUUAGAUAAGUGAAUGUGUUUUUUUUUGUCUUUGUUUUUUCCUUUAACAUGUUUGCCUGAAGUUGUGAGGCUCAUGAAGAGUCUAAACCUCAGUAACCUCAACCCUAUUGACAAAGCAUCCCCCUGCAACCUUUAUACGGGUCAAAUCUAUUGGGUGAUUGAACAGGGAGUCAGGAAGCUUUUAUUCUAUGAUUAAAUUAGCUUUUUAAUUCAGGAAGGAUGUUCCAAAUGUGCAAGAGUAUUGGUUAGCCUUCCGUUAUUACCUAUUAUUUUGCAUGUUACAUUGCCCUCACAGGUCACAGACGUCUCCUUGCCAUGAAGGAGUUAAGGUGUUCUAUGUGCGUUCCCUGUAGAGCAGUGUAUUCCCUUUCUUGGUUGUGAAGGAGUUAAUACUGGCUUAUUGAAGGCCAGAUGGCACGGGUAUAAAGUAGAUUCGCUUGGGAUCCACUAAUGGUGACAGUGCUGAUAGGCAUGAUGUGACAAGGAGUGGCAUUGCCGUAAUGUGCACCAAGUCCACUCCCAUGAGCUUCAUAAUCUUGAUAACCCAAAGAUUUAGCUUUUGAACCUUCUAAUUUAAAACCAGUCAGAAAAAAAAAUGUGAAUUUGUAAAAUCUGGUGUGUUCUAGAGUGGCCUUAUCGUGGGGUGCAGUUAAGUGAAUCAGAUUUGACACACAUUGUGUUUCAGAAAUAUCUGUAUAAAUAAUGACAGAGGGUGCUCUGGGCUGAGCAGGGGAAUCAAUAAGGCUCAGGGUUUCUUAUUCCUCUAUCAUCUUGCUGCUUUUCCCUUCAUAACCCAAAUUUGGGUGUGGGAUAAAAAGAAUAUAGACGUAAAUAAAUAUUCUCUAAUAUAUAUUUAGUGUGUGUAUAUAUACUUGGACUGCUCUCUGCGGGGCUGAAAUAUAACUCAGGGGAAUAGUUGUUUUUAUUUUGUUUUUGUUUUUUAACUGGCUUUCUGUGGCUCCGCCUCUUGCGUAGGAAGGAGUGGAUAGGGACUGUGUUAGCUGCUUUAUUUAAUUUCCCCCUUCCUUUGCUUUUUAUACUCUUACUAGAUUUCAUUACAGGACAAUAUUAGUUAUUUAUCUACAUAGUGAAAUAGUACUUGGGGGCUUAACCUGAUGAGAACUUUGAGGAUUUUGGUUUGGAAAACUCAAACUGAAUUGAUGUUCAGUAUUUUGUUACUGUCAGAGCUAGCACAGACUGUUGCCGUGUUGCUGAAUCCUACAGCAACUUUAUGAAUGCUUGUGAGGUGUUCCAUGAAAAGUGUGUGUGUAUAGAUUUUAUUUCCCAAUAUACAUUGUGCCGCCAAACCAUUGUAGUAAUAUGGGAACUUGUACAAUCUUGCAAUCGGCAUACUGAUAACACUUCUGUGCAUGAAUCACAUUUUCAUCCAAUGGGUGCAUUGUCCUGCAGACACAUGCUCUGUGUAAAUCAGUUUGUAACAGUUGCAUUGUUCUACCGGUAACUGGAACAAUGUAAUAAGUGCUUUUAUUUCCAUGUACCUAAACAAGGUGUAACAGUUACAUUGUUCUACCGGUAACUGGAACAAUGUAAUAAGUGCGCUUAUUUCCAUGUACCUAAACAAGGUGUAACAGUUACAUUGUUCUACUGGUAACUGGACCAAUGUAAUACGUGCGCUUAUUUCUAUGUACCUAAGCAAGGUGUAACCGUUACAUUGCUCCAGUUACUGGUAGAGCAAUGUAAAUAAGUGUGCUUAUUAAAAUGUACAUAAGCAAGGUGUAACCGUUACAUUGUUCUACCGGUACCUGGACCAAUGUAAUAAGUCCACCUAUUAACAUGUACCUAAACAAGGUGUAACAGUUACAUUGGUCUGCCGGUAACUGGAGCAAUGUAAUAAGUGCGCUUAUUUCCAUGUACCUAAGCAAGGUGUGACAGUUACAUUGGUCUGCCGGUAACUGGAGCAAUGUAAUAAGUGCGCUUAUUUCGAUGUACCUAAGCAAGGUGUAACAGUUACAUUGGUCUGCCGGUAACUGGAGCAAUUUAAUAAGUGCGCUUAUUUCCAUGUACCUAAGCAAGGUGUAACCGUUACAUUGUUCUACCGGUAACUGGAAAAAUGUAAUACGUGCGCUUAUUUCCAUGUACCUAAACAGGGUGUAACAGUUACAUUGUUCUACCGGUAACUGGAGCAAUGUAAUAAGUCCACCUGUUAACAUGUAGCUAAGGAAGGUGUAACAGUUAAAUGUCUAAUGUGGUAAUCUGGAUUUUCACAAGAUCGUAGGAGAAAAUCUAAUGCCUGAUUUAGUUUGAAAAAAGAAAGAUUACAUUUUACUAUUUAGUGUGUUUUUUCUUUGUUACAUUUUAGCCCCUAGACUUCAUCUGCAUAAUCCUUUAGUUUUUGCUCUACGAUAGUUUUUAGCUCUUAGUUUAUGGACCACCUGCUUCAAGCCUUAAAUUCUCCCAGUAUCCCUAACUUCUCCUUAUGUUUUAAGAUCCUUUCUGUUUUCGAGGCACUAAACCCAUUCUUUUUUUUUUUAUUAUUAUUCUUAUUUAGGUGUUGACUAAAUACCAUGUGGCUUUUACAAGGUAGAUUAGCCGUAGCCUCCUUCCUACGUAUUUUACCAUUUUUUGGGACUGACGUAAUACUAUAUGCAGUCUGGGCUUUCUGUUUUUAUUUUAUUUUUUAGAAUGGGUGUGUUAGGUUUCACUUUAGAUAUGUAUAAAUAAAUUCCUUUUAUUGUACUUUAGUGUUUUCCAUUUGCAGGGGGGGAAUUAUGCUUUUUUCUCUCCUAUCGCUUUUGUCAAAAUCUAGCCUGAAUGCUAGUAUUUAAUCCUUUAACCGCUGCCUCUGAUAGCCUUGGCGAUUUCAUGAUCGGUCUUAAUGGAAGUGGAUUGUGGGGAAGAAGGAAGGGUUUCACUUAUUUCCAUGUACAUCAGGGUGACAGAAUUCAGUGGUAAAAGACAAUAAACUACAAAUAAAUUGCAUGUUAAUCAAUUCUGUGCCAGAAGGUCUUGCGUACCACUGUCCUUCAGUGAGCUGGAGACCUUUCCGGUUAAGUAUGGGUUGAACUCAGGAAUGUCAUAUCUCUACCUCAAAACUGUGUGAGCAUCAUUUCUCACAUUGCUGGAAACUUAUUUCACAUGUUUUAUAGUGUGUUUGUUUUUUUAUUUUGUUUUUUUGUUUUUCAAAUCCUUCAGGUAUUAAAACCUUGUGAUUAUAAAUAUAUUAUAUUAAAAUGUUUUAAAAUUACAAAAAAAUAAACCCUGAAAGUUUACAUUUUAUAACAUUAUGCAGAUUGUAUUUAAACUUCAGAAUAUUUAAAGAUAAACAGUUGUAACUCUGAGCUUGAUGAAAUAUUAAAGAUAAAAACAUUCUUUUAAAA